AUGAUGAUCAAGGUUUAUACUGAAAUAUCCCUUAUACCGGUCGAAAUUUUCUAUGGAAUUCCUUAUGCAAACGCGCCCGUUGGAAAGUUUAGAUUUGCUGCGCCAGAACGCCACUCAGGUUGGCGAAGAACGUUUUUUGCGCAUAGAAUGCCACCUCGAUGUCCCCAGCAAGGCAUGGAUAACGAAAGUUACAGCGAAGAUUGUCUCUUUCUAAACGUCUUCGCGCCAAGGGUAGCGAGUGGAUGGAAAAUUAUAUCCAAUCAGUACCUGUCGUUCUUAUGGAUUCGAGAGAAUAUUGCAGCCUUCGGUGGUGAUCCAAACGCCAUUACUCUAGUCGGACAUUCGUCGGGGGCAGAUUGUGUUUUACAUCAUAUAGUUUCUCCGCGCUCUUCAGGUUUGUUUCAAAGAGCAAUAGUGAUGUCUCCACGAGAGAUUUGGCGUGCUGUAAACAAAGAACUAGGUGCGAAUGCUUCAGAAGUAGAGCGAGUAUCUCGGGUCAUCGCUGAAACCAUGGAAUGUUCGAGCAAAACAGAUAAAGACAUUUUAAACUGCAUGCGAUCCCGAACUAUUUCUGAUAUCAUGACAAUUUCUCUGAAUGACACUAUGCUUAAAAGUUUGCAACCAGUCUCCGAUAAAUUCUUACCAGAUUCCGAUCAGUAUUUACCAAUGUUAGUUCCGGAAGCACUUACCUCAUCAAAAACGGCUAAUAUUCAACUUGAUUUGCUUAUGGGUACCACAAGUCUCGAGGCUAUUAACUACAAUGAUAAUCUUUAUGAAUAUUUGAUGAAAGAAGGAGCAAGUCGUGUUUUAGAAUACACAACUACGCAAGCAAUACCAGAUAUAAUGCGCAUGCUUUCUUUGCACGGACAACAUGUUUUACCAAUGUUAAUACAAGCAAUAAGAUGGGAGUUUUGGGGGCCAGCUCUGAAAAAGGACGACGAAAAAGAAAUAAUGGAAACCAUUGAAUCUCUUGCCCGUAUGGAAACGUCAGCGAAAUGGGGUGCGGGUGGUGCUUUAUUAGCAGCAAGACUAGCGCGUCGCGUAACGCGACUAUAUGUUUAUCGUUUUGUUCAACCAUCGGAAGUCGAUAUGCAAGGGCGUCAUUUUAACUUUUCUGGUGCAACACACGGUGCAGAUUUAAUAGCACUCUUAGGAGAUGCUUUGAUGCUUCAGAUAGCUCGUAGAACUGCUUCUGACAGCGAAAAACGAAUUUCCGCUGUUUUUCGAAAAUACAUUGCCAACUUUGUAAAAUAUGGAUAUCCUAGCGUUAAUAACGAGUGGCAACGAUAUAAAAUUGGAGAUGCUUAUGUCCAAGAUAUCGGAGAUGAAACAAACAAAAAUAUUAAAUUAUCGCCUUCUUCCCGAGAUGUUGCAUUUUGGUUAAAAUAUUUGCCAACUCUGUCAAACCUUCUCAUUACUAAAGAGCAUUCAGAACAGAUAACGUUGGAAAAAGGUGAAAGUCGUUUUCGCGGUGGCGUGUUUGCAAUGAGCGGGGUCUCUGUGGUUCUGCUCUUGUUGCUAUGCGUGUCUGCAGUGUUGCUUCAUCGACGUCGUACACGGCGUUCUUCACUUGACGUGGAAGUCAUGAAUCAUCAU